AUGAAGAAAAGGAAAGAGGAAGAGAGAGAGAGGGUGGGGGGUACUUACGGACGGGUUGCUUCAGCCUCGGGGGAAUUGUGCCCAGCUAAACCGGAAGCAAGUGACCAAUUGAUACUUAUGUAUUUAUCCAUAUCUCUCUAUUUUCAAUAUCUAUCUAUCUAUCUAUCUAUCUAUCUAUCUUUUCAAUAUCUAUUUCUAUUUUCAAUAUCUAUCUUUAUUUUCAAUAUCUAUCUAUCUCUAUUUUCAAUAUCUAUCUCUAUUGACAAUAAAUAUUUCAAUAUUUAUCUAUCUAUCUAUAUUUUGGAUAUUAUAAAUCAAAAAAUAUUUAUCCCUCCAUUUUCAAUAUCUAUCUAUAAUUUACAAUAUCUAUCUAUCUAUGAUGGAAAAAAAGAAUCAAAUCAAUAUUUACAAUAUCUAUCAAUCUCUAUUUUCAAUAUCUAUCUAAAGCAUAAUAUUAUCUAUCUAUCAUUUUUCAAUAUCUAUUUGGUUUUCAAAAUCCAUCUAUCUAUCAUUUCUGUGAUUUCAAAAAUGGUAAUCUUUGUUUUGUCAAAAUUUUCAUUUUUUCAUCUAUCUAUAUAUUUCUGGGAAUAUUUUUCCUUCAAAAAAAUAUUGCUGGUAGUAAUUUUUUUAUUCAAAAUGUAUCUAUAUAUCUAUCUAUCUAUUUUAUCUUUUCUAUCUCAAAAUUUUCCAAUAUCUAUCUUUAUUUUCAAUAUCUAUAUAUCUCUAUUUUCAAUAUCUAUCUCUAUUGAAAUAUUUUUCUAUCUAUCUCUAUUUUCAACAUCUAUUUAA